UUCAGUCACGAAGGACAGCCCGAUUCAGUGCCAUUGAAAAUGGCGACGAGCUAUCUCACUGAUGAGCAAAUAGCGGGUUUCGAUCGUUACAAGUACUGCUCAGUGGACACCUCCCCUCUCUCCAACUAUGUAAUGCACCCAUUCUGGAAUGCUGUAGUAAAGCGACUUCCAAGAUGGUUGGCCCCAAACCUGAUGACCUUUAUGGGAUUCCUCCUGCUCAUCUUCAACUUUGUCCUGCUGACCUGGUAUGACCCCCAGUUUCGUGCGUCCAGCUCUCAGCACCCUGAUGACCCACUGGUGCCGAACUGGGCCUGGUUGGUGUGUGGCUUUGCACACUUUCUCUCACAUACACUUGAUGGGUGUGAUGGCAAGCAGGCGCGGCGUACAGGGUCCUCCUCCCCGCUAGGAGAACUGUUUGAUCACGGUCUCGACUCCUGGGCCACCAUGUUCUUCCCCACCGCCGUCUACUCCAUGUUUGGGCGUGGCACGGAGUACGGCAUCACAGUGACACAGAUGUACAUGGUAGUGUGGGUGGUGAUGAUCGGCUUCAUUAUGACUCACUGGGAAAAGUACAACACAGGCACCCUGUUUCUACCAUGGGGCUACGACAUGAGCCAAGUGGCAAUGUUUGUGAUGUACAUAGCAGCGUUCUUCUGUGGCCAGGACCUGUGGCGGACACACCUACCCCUGGGACUGCGCUUCCACUAUCUGUUCCUGUUCAGCUUCUACGGUGGGUUUUUGUUCAUCAGCCUGCCACACACUAUACGUAACCUGUACAGAUCAACAUCAGAAGGAACAGGCAGAAAUCUGUCCCUAUAUGAAGGGAUGCUCCCCCUCCUGUCACCUGCACUACUGUUUCUUCUCUGUGUGGUCUGGCUCAUAAUGUCUCCCACAGACAUCAUGGAACAACAGCCUCGUCUCUUCUACUUCAUGUCUGGGACAGUUUUCGCAAAUAUAGCCUGUCGGUUAAUCAUAGCCCAGAUGAGUAACACCAGAUGUGAAGGGGUGAACGCCCUCCUCUGGCCGCUGAUGGUGAUCGUUGUGGGGGUGUGCAUGGCGCCACUCGGACAGUGGGAACUGGUGCUGCUGAUUGGCUACACAGUCAUGGUCACUCUGCUGCAUAUCCACUUUGGUGUCUGUGUGGUACAACAGAUGGCUGAUCAUUUUCAGAUCAAUGUGUUCUCAAUCCCAGGUAGUCCAGAUGGCAGACCACUUUAACAUCAACAUCUUCACCUUGAAAAAACAAGAAGAUUGACCAUCAAGUGCAGACUGUUAGAUGUACCUGCUAAUGAUCUGUGGUGUCAUGUUAUAUAGCAAUGUGUCAUUGUAAUGUCUGUGGAUAACUUGUAGUCUGAUGGUGUCUCCAUUGGUGAGUGGAACCCCUAACAAGCAAGCUGUCUUGUAGCCAAGCUGUAUGUGAAUAUACUCUAGCUUUUAAAUGAGAUUUUGUUGAUUAGGCCUGGAGGGUAUGCCAUCAGAAUACUCUAAAUACUGAAACUUUUGCAGUCAGUGGUUUUAUUUUUGCAGUUUCACUGUAACCCCAGGCCUCCACCAUGCCACUGCAAAUACAGUAUAUCUUCUUGUAUAACUACUGUACUACAGCAUUGUUUUAGCCAUGAAUUCAAAACACUGUGAACACAUCUCCCUUUCUCUCCUAGUAUAAAAAGUUUCAGUAUUUACUGUAUGUCUAGCAGGGGUCAUAAUGAAGGAGUUGAGGCAUUCCCAGGCCAGGAUUGAUAACCCCUGGCAACUGUUGAUUGCACUCGAUUGAAUUCAGGAUGAUCUGGUGGACCCUACAAUGCUUCACUCUGAGAAUCAAAAAAUUUAAG